AUGUCGAAUGCCAGGAUUGUUGGUCACAGAGCCUAUAGGGGACACUAUCCCGAGAAUACAUUUGUUGCGUUUGAGAAAGCUUUAGAAGCAGGUGUGGAUGUCAUUGAAACUGACCUACAAAUGUCUAAGGAUGGUAUUGUAGUGGUCAACCAUGACCAAACCACACUACGGUGCUGGAACAAAGACUACACUAUCAGUGAGACUGAAUGGAGCGACUUGAAGACACUGCGUUGCAAUGACGAGCGGUUUGCGGAUUUAAGGAUGCCUACUCUGAUUGAGAUUCUAAAGUGGGUCGUGGAUAACCCCAACGUGAAACUGAUGCUGGACAUCAAAUUCACCAAUAACAUGGAAAUCUUGCUCAAAACGGUAGCUGACAUGCUGAGUGUACGGGAAGACCUUCCAUUUUGGCGCGACCACAUAAUUUGGGGUCUAUGGGCCUUGGACUGGUUCCAAUACGGGAUGGAAACGGGUGUUAUAAAAGAUUUCGAAGUUGUGUGCAUCUCGCUGUCAUUGGAAAUGGCCAAAAAAUUCGUCGAAUUUUCGGCGAAACUGAACAACCCUCAUUUCAAACUCAGCGGCGUAAGUCUGCACUUCGUAUCAACGUGGAGCUCAAGUUUCCAAACCAAAUGGAUACCUUAUCUGCAAGAAAACAAUGUUGAAAUCUUCGUCUGGACCAUAAAUAAGGACAUUGAUUUCAAAUACUGCAACGCCCUACCUAUUUCUGGAUUCGUAACGGAUUUUCCAGUCGAAGCUCGUAACGCAAUAACAAAAUACGAUCGUUCCAAGCUUGUCUUCAAGAGGCCCUUUCCUCUUUCAAAAGAAGGAGCAAGAUUUUAUUCCUAUCUCCUACUUUAUCGAGUUAUAGUGGAGGUUUUGUUUUCCUCAUGGUCUCAGUACAAGAUUCUUGGAAACCUUUCAUUUUCUUUGAUUAUGAUCAAAAUAAUGAAAACCAUUCAUUUCCUGUGA